AUGCUCAAAACGCUGGAGAGGCUGGUCGAUAGGUACAUCAGAGACGAGGUUUUGGCCAAUAAACCACUACACCCCUCUCAACACGCCUAUCAAAACGGCAAAUCCACCGAGACGGCACUUCAUAAACUAGUAGGCUUUAUUGAAGGCGCACUGUCGAGCGGCGAAUCUGCCCUCUGCAUUUUCCUCGACAUCGAGGGGGCGUUUGACAACACACCCCAUGAUGCCAUUAAGGAAGCUGCGAGGAGGUAUAAUAUUAAGGACUCCGUCGUAAGAUGGAUCCACAACAUGCUGACGAACAGAACAGCCAUAGCAAGCCUGGGAGAGGAGACGGUGAGGGCUGACGUCGCGAGGGGCUGCCCGCAGGGAGGAGUCCUGUCCCCCCUGCUGUGGACCCUCGUGGUUGAUGAACUCAUACGUAUACUCGCCUCGGAAGGCUUUGAGGUUCAGGGCUACGCCGACGACCUCUCUAUCACGGUCAGAGGCAGACACCCGUUGGAUCUAGCGAGGAGAUUACAAAAGGCUAUCAUACUCGUAGAAUCUUGGUGUCAAUCACACUCACUCUCGGUUAACCCGAGCAAAACGGAACUGGUCCUAUUUACAAGGAGAAGACGCUUUUAUUUUAAGGCUCCUCACCUUUUUGGGACGCAGCUACAACUCACAGAUGAGGUUAAAUAUCUAGGUGUAAUACUAGACAAAAAACUCACCUGGAAAAACCAUGUGAACAGGCAGACCCAGAAAGCAAUCAGCACCUACUGGGCCUGCCGCAGAAUGUUUGGCCCCACAUGGGGACUCAAACCAAGGGUGGUCAGGUGGAUAUACCAGGCCAUCCUUGAACCUAUCACAACAUACGCCUCGAUUGUGUGGUGGACCUCCAUGAAGAGGGAAGCACACAGAAAGGCUAUAGAAAGAAUAUACAGAAUAACGCUGCUGGGGAUAAUAGGUGCACUCCCCACCACGCCCACCUUGGCAAUGGGUGCGCUGCUCGACAUCAAGCCACCCCAUCUAACAGUGAUGGCAACGGCUUGGAGAGCGGCCAUCCGCCUCCACCAAGCUGAAGAAUGGUCCCCGACGGGCGGCGGGCACACCGAAAUCCUCAGGGAUGUGGGAUCAGAGUCAAUUCUGACCCACGGUGGGGACCGCUGCAAGACGGAAUACCUCUUCAGACGAGAAUAUGAUCUAAUCCUCCCAGAUAGGGAGAAAUGGCUGAAAGACCCAAACGACAUUCUGACUCCGGGGGGGCUGGUCUGGUUCACAGACGGCUCUAAGACCGAUAUCGGCACCGGAGCCGGGAUUGCGGGGGAAAGCCCUAGGGUCGAAAUGACCCACAAGCUGGGCCACCACGUUACGGUCUUUCAAGCAGAAGUGUUUGCCAUAUGGGCCUGCGCCAAAUAUAAUUUGGAUAGGGCCCACUCAGGAAAACACAUAUACAUCUGCAGUGACAGCAUGGCCGCGCUGAAAGCCCUCCACAAAGUGGAAAUAGGGUCGAAGCUAGUCAAGGACUGCGCACUGAUUUUAAGACAGCUAUCUCUGAACAACAGAGUUAAGCUGCUAUGGGUACCAGGCCACACUGGUAUCCCAGGAAACGAGAGGGCUAACGAAUUGGCACGACUGGGGGCGUCAAGCUCUCAGCCAUGCCAUGAGUACCCUAUUGGUGUCUCAACCUAUGCGUUGAAAGGCUUGGCCAAGGACUGGUUAAACCAGGAAUUCACCAGGCUCUGGCACAACGCCAAUGGCAUGAGACACACGAGGGCCCUAUUUAAGGGACCGUCACAGAAGCUGGGUGACACCUUAAGUCACCUGGACAGGGCGCAGCUGCGCAUGCUCGUGGGCCUAGUGACAGGACACUGGUACACGAGAAAACACCUCGCGCGCAUGAGACUCACGGAGGAGACAUUAUGUCCGAGGUGUGAGGAAGAGGACGAAACCCCUCUACACGUACUUCUAAGAUGCAGGGAACUAAGGGCCCGAAGAGGAGCAAUCCUGGGGACUCUGGAACCCUCAUCAUUAAGCAUCUCGGCUGGCCUGGUGCCGGCGCUUCUAAACUUCGCUACAGAAGCCCAGCUGCCAAGGCACAGCCAGUAA